AUGAUAUUAUUACCAUCAUUAUUUACUGCUACAACUUUCCUUGUUGUACAUCGAUUUAUCAUUAAUUUUACUGAUUUACCGUAUUCUAAUGAGCUACAUUAUCCAUAUACAAAUCAAUUUAUUCACAUCAGUCGACAAAUUUCGGAUGCCCUUCAGGCUAUUUUAGCAACAUUACCUGGCCAACACAAUAUUUCCAUUAUUGAUUACAG